ACAGUUAUUACUCUACUUAAAACUCACAUUAAAAAAGAAAUACUUAUCUGAGACUGAAACUGAUCUGAAAGACUGAUGUCUCACAUGGUAAUUACCACAAAAUAAAAGGAACCCUCUUCAAUAAAUUCUUCAUUAUGAAGAUUAACUUUUAAGUACACACUUCUUCCUCUUUUAACUGCUUUCCUCCUCAGGCUGAGAAACGUAUAUGUACUUCUCGGAAGAGCUGAUGAAUUGAUGCUAAAACAUUUAUCAUUUUGAAGAUUUGUAUGUCAAAAAAUGGCCGCUGGAAUACCAUGCUUGCUUGCUUGUCUUUUUCUUUGGUUUGUUUGUCUUGGAGUACAAACUGAUGAAGAAAACAGAAGACAUCUGCACCUUCCAUGUGCUUCCAUUACAAAGACUACAGCCAACUGCUCUAACCAGAACCGCACCUCUGUACCCCAAUCUCUUCCAAACACCUUGGAAGUACUGGACCUGUCGUAUAACAACCUCACAUCACUCCACAAUGAGUCAUUUGAACUGUACAACCUCAUUCGGAUUCUGAAUAUCGCUCACAAUUUUAUCCACUUCAUCGAGAGUGGCUCUUUCAGAAACCUCCAAGGAAUGGAGAGGAUCAUUUUGAAUAACAACGUCAUUGGUGAACUGUCGGCACAGUUUUACAUGAACAAUUCGGAAAAUACAACCAUGAUUCUAUCGCACAAUGAAAUAAGGGAAAUUCCCCAUUUGAAUGGAAUCUGUUUUUUUGUGAAAGGGAACACUAGAGAAAAAGAGUCAAGAAAUAUCACCCUGAUUGACUUCUCACACAACAAUCUGACUUCAGUCAACGAAAAGGACUUUGCAUCCUUCAGUAACUGCUCUAUUUAUCAAUUCAAAAUAGGAAAUAAUAAGAUCACAAGCCUUCCAAUGAAAGUGUUUUCUGGAUUGUCUUGGGUAGGGAAACUAGAUAUGAACUGUAUAACCCUCGAACAUUUUGAAGUUUCUGCCUUCUUAGGAAUUGAAAGUAUAAUAGAGAUUACACUGAAAGGAUCACACAUAAGGUCUAUUGUUCCUUUGAAUGACUCCACUUUCAUCUCAGGUGGACAAUUCACUAAACUUAAAAUAUUGAAAAUGAAAGACAACAAAAUAGAACAAGUUCCUGACUAUGCAUUCCAGGCCUUCAAAUAUCUAGAUAUCCUUGAUCUUGGAACAAACAGAAUAUUUCUUCUGACAAACAAAUCUUUCUGUGGAAUGAGAAUGUUAAAGGUGUUGAAUUUGUCGAAAAACAAGAUCAGAAGUCUUCCCCGUGGUGCAUUUGCUUGUCUUGGACGUUUGGAGUAUAUCAACUUGGCACAGAAUAACUUCUUUAUCUUGGAGCCAGCUUGGUUUGCUGGCUGCAAAUCACUCAGAAAUCUUGAUCUUUUUCGCAGCAACAUCAAUGAAAUUACGCAUAGUUCUUGGAUCACGACCAACUUACGGAUUCUUAACUUACAAUACAACAAGCUCACCUUCACUGAAAGACUCAUGUUUACAGGGUUAUCUCAUUUACUCAUUCUGACAUUAGCAGGAAAUGGUCAACUAUACAACAUUGCUGGUGAUACCUUCCGUGACAUGGAAGCUCUCAAGAUUCUUCAGAUGGACAACAUAAACAGACUAGUUCUCAAUGGCACUUUUGCAGAGUUGACCAGCCUAACUUUCCUGGAUAUUUCUUACAUUCCCACCUAUGGAUUACAAAGCGUGUCCGUACACCAGUUUAAACACACACAUGCUUUAAAAACGUUAAACAUGUCAUAUUCUCACGUUCAUUCUCAUGAUUUAGUGAACAAGAAAACAAAAGAAUCACUUUUUUAUGGGCUGACGUCACUCCGAACACUUAAAAUGACAGGAAAUAAACUUGUCAGGUUGCCUAAUGUGUCUUGGAUGUUUUCUCCACUACAGCAAAUGGAAUACCUUGAUCUAAGCCAAUGCCAAUUGCAUUCUCUGACAGCAGAGGUAUUUAAGAAUCUGACUAGACUCCGAGAACUCAGACUUGCUAACAACGAGCUAGUAGACAUACCUGAACGUGCAUUCCAGAAUUUGCACAAUUUGCAAAAUCUGCUUCUCCAAUUCAACAAAAUAAAAUUAAUAGGUAAAAACUUGUUCAAAGGAACAGCUAAUUUAAAACAGCUGUACCUUCAAGGUAACCAGAUAUCUACUGUGGCACCUAAUACAAUAAUACCAAUACACUUAAAUGUGUUCAACAUUGCAGGAAACCGACUGACUUGUAACUGUCAACUAACAUGGUUCAUGCACUGGCUCCAUACUACAAAUAUCUCAUUGGGAAUUCAGAAUGAAACAUUGUGCUCCAUUCAUUCACUCAAUGGACUUCAGAACAAGCCAGUUUGGACAUUUCAUCCAAAAAAAUACUGUGGGAUCAACAUUAUUCUCAUUACUGGUGUUAGUAUUGGAAUCAUAGCAGUGUUGUUUUUCUCUCUCCUGGUAUAUUAUAAGCGCUGGUGGAUAAACCACAAGAUAUUCCUUCUAAAACUAGCGGUCAUCGGCUAUGACGAAAUCACAGAGGAUGCUGAUCCAGAUGACUAUGAAUACCAGCUUAAUAUCAUGUUCCAUGAUGAUGACACAGAGUGGGUUAAUGAAAACCUUAAGCCUGCACUGGAAGAACGGAUGCCCCAUCUGCAGAACAUAGCCUUCGGAGAUGAAGACCUUCAUCCAGGGAUGUACUAUCUCAAUGCCUUAUAUCACAACCUUGAUAACAGCUUCAAGACAGCCUUGUUGAUCAGUAACAAGUCAGUGGAUGAUGCUUGGUUCAUAACCAAGCUACGGAUGGCUGUUGAGCAUGUGAACGACACCAAGUUAGACAAGAUCAUCUUGAUAUUCCUAGAGGACAUCCAGGAAGCCAAUUUACCAUACCUGGUAAGACUCUUGCUGAGUAGAAACAAACCUUGUUUGCUGGUUACAGAAGAUGAAGAUGGUCAAGAGUUGUUUUGGGCUCAAUUUGAAAAAGAAAUGAGGACAAGCAAGGUUAUCAAUGGUGUUAUCCCAACUUAAAA